AUGCCAAAAAAAGUCAGAAAAGAGGUACCCCCGCGACCAUCGCAAAAACUUAAUCAGUUUUUAAGUCGCCUUUCCCAUUCUCUAUACCUACUCCAUUCUGAGGCCAACUUGGCUCCCUCUCGGAAUCGCUGUCUUGAAAAAAGAAAGGGCCUACUCGCCAAAGCCAAGGAAGCUCACGGGCGCAAGACCAAAAGAAGACUAGCUUUUAGGAGAAAACUCGAAAGGGGGGUUGUAAUCUGCCGAGUUCGUCGAGAAAAUAAUAAAAGCUUGCCAUUGACAGUCAAUAAAUCAAGUAAGCCUCGAAGAGAAGCUCCUGUGAUCAUAAACUUGGUGUCAGAGAGUGAGGAUACAGGCGUUGAGGAACUAGAGAGCGAGGAACACGAAAGUGAGAAUGAGAACAAGGGUGAAGAUGGUACUGAAGAAGCUGAAGAGAUAUCCAGACCAAUUUCGAGCGGUUUAAAAGAUACCCGGAGUAUUCCAAUUGUUGCGAGCCAUUGGAGUCAGGCACAUUCGCAUCAGCGUAGUAGCAAAACUGUAGAUGGUGAAGGAAAAGAAGAAGAUCGCUCCGUUCCAAUUAGAAAAUAUACAGCAAAAAUCGAGAGUCUGUCGCCCAAUAAAGACAUACAAGAAAGACACAAGAGCAGUACUACUGCUUUCAUAAACGAAAAGGAUCAAUACAGUGAAGAGGGCGACGACAGCGAGGAGGAUAAGGGUAUUCAUUAUCCGCUCUCAGCAUAUACAGGAAAUUCACUGAACCUUCCGAUCGCUAAGGGCACGGUCCCUGGACCCAAGUAUGGCAGAGAACUUUUGUUGGCACUUCAACGGCUAAACGAACGCGCUAUUUCAACUUCAAGGAAUUCAAGACAAACAACUCAUUUCACGAAUCGUCAUAGCAAUGUGACUCAUAAAGGUCAGAGAUACACCCAUGGAAGAAAGCCUACGCCGAAGAUUCAAAACGUAAACGGGAGCAUCAUCUCAUCGUCAAUGCCAGCACUCAAAACAAAGAGACUCUCACGCGGUAAAGAUAUGAUGACUCGCAGAGUCAAGCGAGGAAGUAACGGCAUGUCGAAGAUACCAGAAGAUAAGGAAGACAGUGGAACCGAAGAAGAGAACAAAGGUGAUUCUACAAUCCUUCCCGUACAGUCACAUUCAACUCCCUCGAAAAAAACAUCGCCAGCACAUGCCAGCAUAGAUCUAGAGCACAAGUGGAAGUCGAACGCCAUGCCAAGUAUUGCACAAGAACACGAGGAUAAGGGACAACCAAAUUAUCUCUCCAAUAUAUCUCCUCCUUUACUAGAUGGAUCAAGAGCGAAGCGCCAAAAGACAGCGGCGGUUAUUUCGCGGGACGAAGUGAAUAAGGACAUUGACGUAGUGCUUCAGGUUGAGUCCAUGAUUCGACACAUCCCAGAGAAAGUUACAAAUUAUGGAUCUUCUACAGAAAAUAUCAGAACCAAAUCAGCAAAGAGCUUUGCCGAUCUUCCAGGUUUGGUAAUUCGUCAAAUCGUCGAUACCCUUUGUGAGCAGGAAGAUGGAAAAAUCAUCUCCUCAAUAUGUUUCGGGCUCACUUGUAAACUUCACUGGGCUUUUUUCAAGGCCCGAUGGUGUCCUCCGGGUACUGAUAUUAUCUACGAGGGAUAUCUACCAAAACAAGACGAAGCACUUCUCGCACCUUUGCUGCAGAAUUGGGUUCCAGAAAUAUAUCGAAUGAUGUCGGGGAAGGGUGGUGAAGGUGGCCCAAGCUUAGUCCCAAUGUUUCUUUCAAAGAACCAAUACGGGGAAGGGUAUACGAGAGAAGAGGGGAGAUUGGAGAAAAGAUACAUUGCCUGUCUCUCCAUCCUCGAUGCUACGAAUCAAGAUGGUCUGCAGCUAAAGCCCAGCCGCGGCUUACAUACGAUGAUAGAUAACACGAUUGAUUUGCCAAGCCCCCAUGGAAUGGGUCAUUCUUGGUACGAUGCUAGUGCCUCUGAAUACUUAUUCCUGGUUGAGGAAUGGGAAUAUUCAACACUAAAUGGUGAUGGUCCUGGAUUCAAAGCCAUUUGUGAGUCGUGGCACACUUUUCAAGAUACUUGUUUAUGGGAUUGGGUCAAUGGGAAGAAUUUCAAUCAGUUUCGUGAAGAUUGA